GGGAACCGUUCCCCACCACUCCUGCACUCACCAGUGGUGGAAGGGCCGCUUUGGCAGUGGUGGCAGCGGCGGAGGAGGCAAGGGAGGCAGCCAGUGGAUGGCAUGGGAGUGGCGUUGACCGCCGCAAGCUAAUUGGGAGGAGGGGCGAGCAGGGAAGGUGCGAGCAUGGGAAGGUGUGCGACGGGGAUGUCGCAAGGGGGGAUGGGCGCAACGGGGAAGGGAAUGGGGGAUGGACGGGAGUGCAUUGGGACGCGCUCCUGCCGAAGCAGACAGCAGAGGCCAGCCAGCGCACUCAUGCCACCUCCUGCUCUGCACACCUUCCCUUUGCUGCCCACUUGCCUCUCCUUCCUGCCCUAGGGCGGAGGACAGUUCCCCCCCCACCGCCUCGCACAGUGGGGCGAUGUGGUGUGCGAGGCGGGGGACCUGUCCUCCGCCCUCAUGUGGUGGGGAGGGGAGGGUACUGCUCCCCAGCACUGCUGCACUCACCGCUGUUGAGUUGA